UACAAAAUACUAGCAGAUCAGUCCGGAUCUGUGUGAUUCUACCCGAGACCUUGCUUCUGCAUCCGUGUAACGAUCUACCCCGAGUACCGACUCAGGCUUUAGGAAUUCGCGCCUCUGCAUCUUCCCAUCUAUACCGUUUUGACAUCCCUACAGAUGCAUAUCCGGACAGUGAUGGCUUCGCCAUUGAGAUAUGUCGCAGCCGCGGCUGCUCUGCUCUCAGGUAGAGCUAUAGCUCAGACGUACUCGUCUUGCAAUCCUCUACAGAGCUCCUCUUGUCCCGCGGACACCGCCCUUGGCAUGGCCAUCGACGUCGACUUUACGCAAGGGGAGGUGAACUCGUUCACAUCCUCAGGCGGCACUCCCACAUACGGCUCGGACGGCGUAACCUUCACAGUUAGCAAGAGCGGUGACGCACCGCAACUUACCUCCGUCUUCUACAUCAUGUUCGGCCGAGUCGAAGUCAGCCUGAAAGCCGCCCCGGGCGCCGGUAUCGUGUCGUCUUUCGUGCUGCAAUCCGACGACCUAGACGAGAUCGACUGCGAAUGGCUAGGCGCCGACGCGACCGAGAUGCAAUCCAACUAUUUCGGAAAGGGCCAGACUACCUCCUACAACCGCGGGCAGUUCCACGAAAUGGGUAACAACCAGGACGGCUUCGUUACAUAUAUAAUAGAUUGGACGAGCGACAGAAUUAUUUGGACUAUUGACGGAACGGUGGUGCGGACGCUUACAUCCUCGGAUGCCGAGACGAACCAAUACCCUCAGACACCGAUGAAGAUCAAGUUUGGCGCGUGGUCCGGCGGCGAUCCCAGCAAUGCCGAAGGCACGAUCGAAUGGGCACGCGGUCCGACCGAUUAUUCUCAGGGGCCGUUUAGCAUGAGCGUAAAGACUCUCAAGGUGACCGAUUACAGCACAGGCUCAUCCUACAGCUAUGGUGACACAUCCGGUGACUGGACGUCUAUCAAGUCUGACGGAGGUUCGAUCAACGGCAACUUGGGUAAUGCCGGAACGCUGACCACCACCGCGGUUGUUAGCGGCUCAACCUCGACCGGAUCAGCUAGUGUUCCCGCUGGGGGUAUUGGCGGUACGAGCACCGACAGCGCCGACUCCAACCUUCCUUCCGGUUGGAGAAUGACGUCGGAGGGAAAGAUAGUGCCAAAUAGUUCGACUUCUUUACGUCCGGCUUAUCCCUUCCUCUUCAUUUUCAGCCUCUGUGCCACGCUCGCUGCUCGGAGGUUCUGGCCUUGAAGCAUUAUCUUCAUAACCCUACGAAUAUGAGCAGCA